GGAUUGGUUAUCUGUUGAACUUCGAUCGUUUUAUUGGUGGCGCAUUUACGUUUGGUAAAAGGUGGUUUAAUGCGGUUGUGAACGUCCACAAUCGGUUUUCCCCUCAAUAAACAUAAAUAAACGAAAUUCCAUUAAAAACUCACAAUUAAAUGAAAAGAAAAUGGGACACAACGCAAGUUCACAACUCAAUUUUGUUUCGCAAUUAUUAAACGACGAGUCCACAUCCCAAACAUUAAUCUCCGAAGAAAUUCAGGACAUGAGUUACGAAACGUUUUUAAAACUUUUGGGAGAAUUAAACGUUCUAUCGAAAAAGUGCUUGGACUCCAGUGGUAAACAGCUAGUAUUCGCAGUGAAACGAGGGACAGAUUCGACGGUCUUCUGGAAAGCUACCGUACAAAUAGCUUGCGUUAAAGUGGAUGCAGAAGCGGAGAAUCAAAAGGUGGAUUCCUAUCGGUUGUUAACACUGAGUGAAUUUUUAAGGGUGUUUAAGACGUUGAAGUGCCAAUACCUCGCAGUGCAGCAAUGUAAAAGCUUAAAUCCGAACAGGGAACCUAUUUUGUCGACCUCCACAUUUUUUAAUCAUCUUGAUAAUGUUACCAGUGACAGCUUAGGGGGUGUUGAACGUUCGGAGUGUUGCAUUUGUUUAGAAAGGAAGAUUGAGGUCAUAUUACCUUGCGCGCAUAGUUACUGUACGCCCUGUAUCGAGCAGUGGAAUGAAGUAGACGAGUCGUGUCCUAUUUGUCGUGAGCGGCUCGAAAGCACCGAGGACGCAUGGGUACUCUCUGAGGUGCCGAAAGCUGAAGAAAUAAGUAAAGAGAUUCAGUCUAAUUUAAUGAAUCUGGCAGAUGUUCAUGUGAAUUCGUGCACAUCUUCGUAAUCUACCCUUAUUUGUCGCUAAUAAUUUAUUGUAUGAACCAUGUAGGGUAGGCUUUCAUAUUGGGAACUUCUUAUAGAGUAAAUUAUAUAGAGUAAAUAAAUAGGUUUAGAGACA